CUAUAGAACAAGUGUGAAAUAUCAUUCAGGUCACUGUAGUGUCUUUGAAAGGUUAUUGAAAAUAAAUUUUUCGAAUUCGAAUUAAUUAAAUCUGUACUUAUAAAUUUGCAAUAAACAUGUUGCCACGAUUUUUGAAACCUACGUUGACCGUCGCUCAACAAGGAGCGAAACGAUUAUCCACAAGUGCCAGAGUCGAUGCCAAGGUCGCUGUCAUGGGAGCCAGCGGUGGAAUCGGUCAGCCGCUAUCAUUGCUGUUAAAACAAUCUCCCCUUGUAACCGAAUUAUCGUUGUAUGAUAUUGUGAACACACCAGGUGUCGCUGCUGAUCUCUCGCACAUUGAUACGCCGGCAAAAGUAAAAGCUUUCACGGGUCCGGAUCAAUUGAAAGAUUCCGUUAAGGGAGCACAGGUGGUUAUUAUACCUGCCGGUGUCCCACGUAAACCUGGUAUGACAAGAGAUGAUCUCUUCAACACAAAUGCCUCAAUUGUAAGGGACCUUGCUCAGGCUGUAGCAGAAAUGUCUCCAAAAGCUUUAAUCGCUAUUAUUUCAAACCCUGUCAAUAGUACUGUACCUAUUGCCUGUGAAGUAUUAAAGAAAGCUGGUGUCUACGAUCCUAAGAGAGUAUUUGGUGUAACUACGCUUGAUAUUGUUAGAGCAAAUACAUUUAUUGCUGAAGCAAAAGGCCUUAAUCCACAGAAGACAUCAGUACCAGUCAUUGGAGGUCACAGUGGUGUCACUAUUAUUCCAUUGAUCUCACAAUGCAAACCAUCUGUGUCUUUCCCAGAUGAUCAGUUGAAAGCACUUACUACUAGAAUUCAGGAAGCUGGUACAGAGGUUGUUAAAGCCAAAGCAGGCACAGGAUCUGCGACGCUCUCGAUGGCGUACGCAGGUGCUCGCUUUGGUUUGUCAUUAGUUAGAGCACUCAAUGGAGAACAGGGUAUCAUAGAGUGUUCCUUUGUUAAAUCAGACGUCACGGAGACCAGUUACUUCUCGACACCUAUUCUAUUAGGCAAAGGGGGAGUAGAAAAGAAUCUUGGUAUGGGCACUCUCAGUAAUUUCGAGAAAAAGCUUUUGGAAGCAGCUAUUCCAGAACUGAAGAAGAACAUCCAAAAGGGCGAAGCUUUCGUAAACAAGAAAUGAACAUGAAGCAUCAAAAGUCUAAACAGAGCGUGCUCAAAUAAUAUUCGGAGAAGCUCAAUAAUCAGUACUGAACAUAAAAAUAUUCGCGUUGUACGCGAAGAGAAAUGUAUUAACAAAAAGGUGGAUCCUUACACGUGCCGAUUAGAUACUUCUGUACAUUGUAUGUACAUUUUAGAUGAUUUCAGAUGAAUUAAAAAACCAUUUGUAAGUAGCCGACAUAAAGCAUAAAAUUGUACAAAAUCAAGGAGACUUUACUACUUUUAAAAGAAAUACUCGUAAGUUUCGCUUCAAUAGAAGUGGUCUAUCUAAGCCUACAAAUUUAACGUAGUUAAUUCAAAAAUAAAUACUGUUUUAACGGAAA